AACAUGGCGGCUGAUCGUAACGAAGAUAGCAAAGUAAAAGAUGGUUCGGCAGUUUCUGAGAAGGUGCUAUUUGUACGAAAUCUACCCUUUUCUACGAAGGACCAAGAUCUCGAAAAUAUAUUCAGUGACGUUGGACCUAUCAAACGUAGUUUUGUGAUUCGAGACAAAGAUGUCAAGAACUCCUGUAGAGGAUUUGGUUACGUUACAUUUGCGCUCGCCGAAGAUGCACAAAGGGCUAUAGAUGUUGUGAAAUCAUUUGGAGGACGACAACUCAGUGUUUGCUUUGCAAAUAAAAAACCCAAACAUGAAAAGAGAAAAAGAGAACGGGAAUUGCAUCCUGAGGUUGACAAUGAUGACAGUCAAAAGAAAAUUGAAGAUGAGGGACUCCAAACAAUGGCCUUGGAUGAAAACGAAAAUGAAACUCCACCCCAAAAAAAGUUGAAGAGCAUUGAUCAAGGAGAAAGCAUAAUUAAAUCCCAGCGCAAAGAACCAAAAAAUGAUAUGGGUAGAACAAUUAAACUGACAAAACUUGCUGAAGGCCUUAAUCAGAACCAUAUUAGAAAAAAAUUUCGUAAGAUUGGGCCUGUAGAAAAGGUUACAUUCCCAGCAGAGGGACAGGAUACAUCAACUGCAUUUGUCGUUUAUCAGACCCAUAAAGAUGCCAGAGAAGCUGUAAGGAAACUCAGUGGGAAGAUUUUCAAAGGCAAUACUAUUGGAGUUUCACUUCUCUCUAAAGAAGGGAAGACACCUAGUAAGAGGUCUUUAAAAAAAUCCAAGCUCAUUGUAAGAAAUUUAUCAUUCAAGUGCAAUGAAGAAGACCUCAGAAAGUUUUUCACGCAGUUUGGCCAGAUCUCUGAUGUUCACAUUCCAACCAAAAUGGAUGGAAAACGAAAGCGUCGGCUUGGUUUUGGGUUUGUACAGUUUUGUAAUGUUUUUGAGGCUGCAAAGGCCAUCAAAGAGACAAACAUGAAGGAGAUUGCUGGAAGACCUGUUGCUGUUGACUGGGCCCUGGCCAAAUCUGACUAUAAGGAGAAGAAAGGCAUGGAAGAAACACAGGCUGAAAAGACGAGAGUCACAGAUGAGAACACAGAUGAUAACCAAGAUGAAGACAUCAGUGUUGAUGUUUCUAACGAUGACUCCGAUGUUGAAUCAGACGAAGAAAAAUCUGGCAGCUCUGAUACUGGAGACGAUGAAGAGGAGGAGGAAAAUGAAGUCAGCGAUCAAGAACACGAACAGGAGGAAGAAGCCUCGAAAGCCAAGAAAACUAAGCAACCCUCAGAUGUCAAAGAAGGCAAGACUUUAUUCAUCCGGAACAUAUCGUUUGACACUAGCGAGGAAUCACUUUACGAAUUGUUUGAACAAUUUGGAGAGGUAGACUAUUGUAAGAUGGUUGAGGACAAAAGGACCGGUCACAGCCGUGGAAUGGCGUAAGAAAGUGCUGAUUAUCCGGAGUAAAGAUAGGUUAGACAGCACAGGCCGUGGACGUUCCAUGGGAUACGGAUUCAUAGAAUUCACCAAUCACAAAGACGCUCUUGCCGUCCUGAGAGUCACCAAUAACAAUCCCGCCAUAUUUGGACCGGAUCGUCGACCAAUUGUGGAUUUCUCGAUAGAAAAUAGCCUCGUCCUCAAGGCGAAGCAGCGUCAUGUAGAGAAGGCUCAGCACAAGCAGCAGCAGAGCGUCGACGAGCAUGCGCGCGAUGAACAACCCAAGACAAAUAAGGAGAGAAGGCUGGAGCGAAAUCAGAAGCGAAGAGAAAAACGAGUGAGAAAGAGAGAAGCGAGGAAGAAACGAAAAUUGGAAGAGGGCAAGGACAGCGAAGGCGGCAAAAUAGCGCAGGAAAGAAACAAAGUUAUUAAGGCAGUGAACAGUUCAAACUUAUCCUCAUCGAAAGCAAAGAAAUUUAAAAAUUUGUCCAGAAUGGACGUUACACAAUCUGAGUCGAAGCGAGGUAAAAAGAAUGUUGGAAGAAAUAAACAAUCUUCUUUGGCUCUUAGAAACAAUUCUCGUACCAAAGUCACAUCAGGUACCGCCCCAAAUGUUAGUCCCUACCUUAAAAUGGUAAAUAGAGCUUCAAAAGAAAGACAAGACAGUGAAUUUAAAGUGAGCAAAACCUCCGAUGCCCCAAAUAGAAAGAGGAAAGGCGCCCGGAAACGACAACAGGAGCAGAACGACGAGUCGAAGUUCUCUCAGAUGGUGUCUAAGUACAAGAACAAACUGUUUGGAAUGGAUAAUAAUGAAUCAUCCUUAAAACGCACGCGUUGGUUUCAGUAAUCUACCGAAGCUAAAUGGAUAAAUCUUCCUUGGGUGAGCAAGACAUGUAGUUCAGUGUUGCUUAAAUCUUCUGUUGUCCAAAUAGGGAAAGGAAAGGACCUUUAAUAAAAAAGAGAGAGCACCCGAACAAAACAUAGUUUUCUGAAAUUUUGUCCAAGUGUAAGAACAAAUUAUUUGGAAUAGACAACGAUAAAUCAACUACAGAACUUAAGCGUUGGUUUCAGUAAUGCGCGAGAACUCGGGCUAAAAUGAGAGUUUUUCCGCCAUAUGGGCCUUUACCGAAAGUGAUCUUUCGCAAGGCGUAUGGGUCUUUUCUUGUUCACGCGAUGCUUGGUAAAGCUUUUUAUGAAUUUUUGUGUUCUCGUAUUUCAACAAAUAAGUAAACAGAACCAAAAACAAAUCAAUUAAUUCGAUGUACUUCCAAAAACCUUCAUGCUGCUCCGCGUUUUGUAAAUAAAAGUGGUUUGCUUAAACGCUCCGUUUAUGAUAAGAACAAAAACAAAUGAAAAACGUGAGCGAGAAGUGUGGUGGAAAAGUCGAGUGGAAAGCAGAAUCAGGCAAAGUAGGAGUUCGCCGAACGAGCGUUAAUGGGUGAUCAAUCCAUCUUCGUAACAUGUACAGUAGCAGCAAGAACUAAAGUUAAAUAGUUUACAAUGGUUUGUCUAACAUGAACUGAAUGCAUGCUGACCAAGCGAACGGUAAUAAUAGUGAUUGCACAAGAAUACCUAGAAAAAUCGGAAAAACUAAUAAACGAAGACAGGUAUGAAGUAAACAGUCCAAUUACAAUUGAGAUUUUGAACCUUUCAGUGACGUGGGUUAGUCACCAAACACAGCGUUGUUACUGAAAGCUCCAUUCUCGAAUAAUUUCAACGUGCAACUUUUUUUCAUGGUUAAUAAAAGUUAUUCAUAUCUUCUGCUUUCAUGAAUAAACACAAACAACCCUAGAA